AUGCCCACUGUAAAACUUGGUGAGGUGUUGAGGCAGCUAUGCGCUGCUGAUAAGUUUCUGGGCAAUGUAAAAUCAUUGCCUUCGUUUGCCAGCAUCGAGGAGACACAGUUUCAGAAACUGAGUUCCAUGCUGCAAGCGGCAACGUUUCAUGAAGAGCAAUGCACCAAGGCUGCAGAGCACGUCCAUGGGUUGAGACAUUUCUCGCCAAAGAAGGUCAAUAUGCUACUAGCAUCUGUGGCGGCAGCUUGUGGUCAGUCAGGAUCGAAAGAGAAGGCAAGUAAGGGUAUGUGUGGCCCUUCUUGUGAGGCUCAAGAUUACUCUAGCCUUUACCGUUUUCUUCCUGACUCUGUUUGGAAGAGACUGGAAGGGCAGCUGGCUCAUCGUUUGCACGUUUUGUGCGCCUUUGCAGCGAAGUUGGGUCUAUUUUGUCCUACUGAAAAAACAGUGGGGGUCUUCACUGUGAUCUUGUUUUGGAAAGAAUGGCGGCAAAGAUCCGAAGUCAAUACCCUUGACAAGUACAAGACCUACAACAGUUGCCGAGGCCAGAUCCGCUCUGUGUUGAAGGAGUACAACUGUGUGGCCACCAAAGACUUGAGGCUUCAGCAAUUGCCGCCAGUUUUUUCUGAACUGUCUUCGACCCACAUGAAGCUGUAUGAGCAUGAGACGCCUGCAGCACCAAGCCCGGAGUUAGAAGAGGCGAUCCGCACGAUGAAGCUGCGAUCCUCUGCUACAGGUGUGAGUUCGAAUCCCGGCAAGCAGGAUUUUAUGAACUGGCUGAACAAUUUGAGGGACCCGAGUGGCUCUUCCAGCAGCCAGAUGUCUGGUCAGGAGCUCUUGCCCAUUGAGGAUGGGAAAAUGGACUCGCAGUCCAUUGGGUCUGGCGCAGACCCAAUUCCUUUGUUAAGCGCGUCCAUUGCUUUGUGCAAACUAAAGCAAGAGGAGAAGGAGUCUGUCAAAGUGAAGAAGAGUGUGGCAAAGACUUUGUUAGAACUUAAGAAUGCUUGCGCUGACUCCCAGAAAAAAGGCAAGGGACCAUCCCAGAAGAGGAAACGAACUCCUCCAGUCGACAAGCAAACAACCAAGUCGAAGAAGGCAAAGGUGAAGACUGAGAUUGCCAGCCAGACCAAGAAUAAAUCUGGCCCAAAAAAAAAGCAAACCAAACGUAGAGAAGAAGCCUAA